AGUUCAGGGACUUGAUGCAAAAGAAAAAAUCUAGCUACAUCCAAUUAAGCCAUGAAAUGCAUCAAAAUCUCAUCAUAGCUACUUUUCUAAUCCCAAUGCUCAACCCUCAUUGGUUUUCAAGACCUGCUCUCAAGGAACUUUAAUAGUUACUGCUUAAAAAGUGACUCCAUUACCAUUAAAACACCUGGCACCUGCCUCUCUCUCUCAUUGUCAGUAUCAUCCAACCAUCAUUACCACCUUUUCUCCUCACAUUAUAUAUAUUUAUUGCUACCUAGCUAGUACUUUCAGCUUACGCAUUCUAAGUUCAUUCAUUCCCUUACCCUUCACUCUUACCCUUACCCUUAGUCCUCUCACAAUGAAGUUCCUCAGCUGGAUGCAAAAUAAACUUGGUGGAAAACAUGACAACAGAAAACCAAAUACACACACAACUACUACAUAUCAUGCAAAACAAGAACCUCGAGAGGAAUUCAGUGAUUGGCCUCAUGGUUUGCUAGCAAUUGGAACAUUUGGAAAUAACAGUGAAAUCAAAGAAAACUUAGAUGACCAAAAUGUGCAAGAGGAUCCAUCCUCGUCAGAGGAAAUAGCAGAUUUCACUCCUGAAGAAAUUGGGAAUCUACAGAAGGAAUUAACCAAACUCCUGAGACGAAAACCAAAGGUUGAAAAGGAAAUUUCUGAGCUUCCCCUGGACAGAUUUCUUAACUGCCCUUCAAGCUUGGAGGUUGAUAGGAGAAUCAGUAAUGCGCUAUGCAGUGAAUCAGAUGAUAAAGAAGAAGAUAUCGAGAAGACAUUGAGUGUGAUAAUUGACAAAUGCAAAGACAUAUGUGCAGAUAACAGAAAGAAAACAAUUGGGAAGAAAUCUAUUUCUUUCCUUCUGAAGAAGAUAUUUGUUUGCAGAAGUGGAUUUGCUCCCACGCCUAGCCUUAGAGAUACCCUUCAAGAGUCAAGAAUGGAGAAGCUUUUGAGGACAAUGCUUCACAAGAAAAUUUACACCCAAAAUUGUUCUCGGACAUCAUUCAUGGCAAAGUGCAUAGAGGAGAAGAAGAUGACAAGGAAGAAGAGUGAUGAUGAAUCAGAUGAGAGAAGUGGUGAUGGCAGUAAAUGGGUGAAGACUGAUUCAGAAUAUAUUGUGCUGGAGAUAUAAUAAAUGUGCUUGGAUUUUUAGAAGGUGUGUUGGUAGCUGUUGAGGUAAAGAUGAGUUAAUGUAUAAUAUAUAUAAGAAGUAGAUUUGAUAAGAGAUGAUUGACAGAAGUACUUUUGUUUUUUGAGGUCAGAUUGAAUGAAAAAGAGAGAGGGAUAUAUGUAUGUGUAUAUGAUGAUGGAGGGUAUGGAGUGGAGAUGAGAUUUUUUGAAAUGAAGAUAGUGUGUUAUUUUUUCAUGGUUUUGUGUCUGCAAAGGCAGAAGAAGUCAUGUUGUGGAAAAUGAUAGAAUGGGUUUGUGAUAUGUAAGGCAAAGUUAGACAAUUUGUGUGAUGUGCACACUUCUCAUCCCUUUUUUUACUCCACUUUGUCACCUCCUUCUUCCCUUCCCUUCUUUUGUAACAUCUCCCAAUUAAGUUUAUCAAUAAUACUUUCAUUAUUA